UUGGAUGUCAUUCGUAAGGAGGAGAGGAGGGCUCUGAGGUUAUAUGUAAUAGGACGGACUCUCCGUUUCACUGUGACAUGAAACGAAUAGCCAGAUUGCAGCCAUAGCAACGCCACUGGUGCUGUAUCCUAAAGUGGUUUCCAUUGGAUACAAUAGGCUGGGGCUGCUUUGAACUCGUCGCCGCCCAGCCACGCAAAGGUUCCCGAAGGCGCGCACUCUAUUCCCGCGCGCUGUCAUGGACGAGGCUGAGGAUGGAGAAGAUGAGUCCAAAUUCCAGCAGCCUCUAUUGUGCGGAACCGGCUCCGUGGGUGGCGGAGGCGAUAGGAACGGUCUAAGUUUGAAGAUGAAGCAAUUUACGCCAGGAGGGGGAGCAUCGUCAACAGCGCGCAAGAACUCCAACAAUGAGCUGUGGUUCAUGCAAGGCGAAGAGUCCGCACCUUGUGCUCCUACAGGCGCCACAACCUGUGCUCUAUUGUGCCAGGGAGAUGCUGCUGCCCGUGGCGGCUCAUACUAUAGGGCAGGAGGGGACUCAGCCACAGGAUCAGCGUUAACCGGGUUGGCUACUUGUUGGACAGGUGAAGUCACUACCGGUGUGAUAUGCAACAACAACGGAGAUUGCAGAAGGGACCCCAACAUUUCAGGUAGCCUGUCCUCCAUUGUCUCUAGGCAGGAGAAACAGACAGGUGGAAUAGUUGCAGCGGACAACGGGAAAAGGCCAACUAGAUGUAAUUCCAGAGUCGCCAGCAUGGACGGUUCGAUCACCUCAGCCGGGUCCUUAGCACAGGGGCAAGGGCCCGAGGUGGCCGGGGCCACAACUACUGGCAAUGAGAAAAAGGACUCCAGAGUUUCCUUCUCAAGUGCCCCUAAUAGAAAAGCAUCGUCCUCUGUGCAGAACCAACAGAACAGGAAUUCUCUCCCAUUUUUUAAAUGUGAGGAUGGACACCAGAUUGUGCCAGAUGAUGGAGAACCGCAGGACAAUCGGACUUAUAUGCAGCGCCAAUUUAGUUCCAUGCUUCAGCCUGGAGUUAAUAAAUUUUCACUGCGUAUGUUUGGGAGCCAAAAAGCGGUGGAAAAGGAACAAGAGCGCGUCCAAUCGGCCGGUAAUUGGAUUAUUCAUCCAUACAGCGAUUUCAGGUUCUACUGGGAUUUCACCAUGCUGAUGUUCAUGGUGGGCAACCUCAUCAUCAUCCCCGUGGGGAUCACCUUCUUCAAGGACGAGACCACCGCGCCCUGGAUCAUCUUCAACGUGGUCUCUGACACCUUCUUCCUCAUGGACCUGGUCCUCAACUUCCGCACAGGCAUUGUAUUUGAGGACAACACCGAGAUCAUCCUGGACCCCAGGAAGAUCAAGAGGACGUACCUAAAGACUUGGUUCUUGGUGGACUUUGUCUCCUCCAUCCCUGUGGAUUAUAUCUUCCUGAUCGUUGAGAAGGGGAUCGACUCUGAGUUGUAUAAGACGGCCAGAGCCCUGAGGAUCCUACGCUUUACCAAGAUCCUCAGUCUGCUGAGGCUGCUCAGGCUGUCCAGGCUCAUCCGCUACAUCCACCAAUGGGAAGAGAUCUUCCAUAUGACCUAUGACCUGGCCAGUGCAGUGAUGCGUAUCUUCAACCUGAUUGGUAUGAUGCUGCUGCUGUGUCACUGGGAUGGUUGUUUGCAGUUCCUGGUUCCCAUGCUGCAGGACUUCCCCCAGGACUGUUGGGUCUCCCUCAACAAGAUGGUGAACGACUCAUGGAGCGAGCUGUACUCCUUUGCCCUGUUCAAGGCCAUGAGUCACAUGCUGUGUAUCGGUUACGGGCGCCAAGCCCCAGAGAGCAUGUCUGAUAUCUGGCUGACCAUGCUCAGUAUGAUCGUGGGCGCCACCUGCUAUGCCAUGUUCAUUGGCCAUGCCACCGCCCUCAUCCAGUCCCUGGACUCAUCCCGGCGCCAGUACCAGGAGAAGUACAAACAAGUGGAACAGUACAUGUCUUUCCACAAACUGCCGGCUGACUUCCGACAGAAAAUCCAUGACUACUACGAACACAGAUACCAGGGCAAGAUGUUUGAUGAGGAGAGCAUCCUGGAGGAGCUUAAUGAACCACUGCGGGAGGAAAUUGUCAACUUCAACUGCCGUAAGCUGGUGGCAUCCAUGCCCCUGUUUGCCAAUGCCGACCCCAACUUUGUGACAGCCAUGUUGACCAAGCUCCGCUUCGAGGUCUUCCAGCCCGGAGAUUACAUCAUCAGGGAGGGCACCAUCGGCAAGAAGAUGUACUUCAUCCAACACGGUGUGACCAGCGUGCUGACCAAAGGAACUAUGGGCAUGAAGCUUUCUGAUGGAUCCUACUUUGGAGAGAUCUGUCUGUUGACCCGAGGCAGACGGACGGCCAGUGUGCGGGCGGACACGUACUGCCGUCUCUACUCCCUGUCUGUGGAUAACUUCAAUGAGGUGCUGGAGGAGUACCCAAUGAUGAGACGAGCCUUCGAGACUGUGGCCAUCGACCGACUGGACCGGAUAGGGAAGAAGAACUCAAUCCUAAUGCACAAGGUUCAGCAUGACCUCAACUCGGGUGUCUUCAACAACCGAGAGAAUGAAAUUAUCCAAGAGAUUGUGAAAUAUGACCGUGAGAUGGUGCAGCAGGUGGACAUGCAGAGGCCUCGUGCCAUGUCCAUGUCCAACCCCCCCACGCACGGGGGCAUCUUCGCUCCUCCAGCCCCACCUCAGAGCUCAGCCAUCGCCACCCUCCAGCAGGCUGUGGCUAUGAGCUUCUGUCCCCCCAUGGCAGGCCCUCUGGUAGGGGCCGGGGCCCUGCAGUCCCCCCGGAUGGUACGGAGGUUCCAGGUGAUGCAGAGCAUGUCAGCCUCCCCUCCUCCCCAGACUGAGCAGACCAUGCAGCCCCAGCUACACGCCGGUGGUGCCUUCGCCUCCGCCCUCUCCAGCCCCCCCAUCCAGAGCCCCCUAGCUGCUGGGGGACGGACAUUCCAGUACGGCCCCUCUUCUGGCUCCCAGCUCUCCCUGGUCCAGCAGAUCGUGCCCAGCCCCCCUCACCGGCCCAACACCCAUAACAGCACCCGCUCUCUGCACAUGGGCAGUCUGAGUCAGGACGCCAGGGCACUGUCUGCCUCUCAGCCCUCUCUGCCCCAAGGAGGGGCUCAACCCGUGGCCCCGAGCCCACCACAGUCCAACCGUGUUUCCUCAACCUCCAUUGGGCCACCUCAGACCCCCCCGGGCUCUGUGGGGCUCAGGAGCGCUGUGACACAUAGGAUGGUGCUGCCCCACCAGAUGUCUGUGGGGGCGUUUCCUCUAGCCUCCCUCCCGGGGACUCUGACAUCGCUGGGGACAGGCAUGGGUGCGGGUAUGGGAGUGGGCAUGGGAGCAGGCUUGGCGCCAGCCCUGCCAGACUCAGGUUUACCCAAAAAGGACUCCAAAGCCAGCCACCCUGAGACAGACCAUGUCAGAUCGAGGCUAUCUUCCAAUUUGUGACCAUUAUUAGAUUUCUGCAGAGCCAGGGGUUUUUGGUUGUGGGAACUGUGGAAGAUUUUGUCCUUCUACCCAAUAAUCUCCCCUCUCCCUGUCACGUGGUUCUGAAUAUGACUAUAAGAAUGUAUGCUGUGGGACCUUGGAGAGGGAGCGGGAGACCGUAGCUGAAAGACAAUGUAUGACUAACAAUAUAGUUAUUAUCAGAGGUGGGAUGUUUCUACUCCACCCACAGACAUAGAUAGUAGAUACCGGCCGUACGUAGUAGUAGUACCUUCUCCCCACAUCUCUCCUUUAUUUACUCUCUUUACUGUAACCAUAUUCAACAUAAAUAGCACGCAUCUCUCACCCAUUAUCUAUAUAGUUGAACAAUACAAACCGGCAGGGACAAGAAGAAAAUCAGGAACCUGCUUCAGAUGACAACGAUGACAACAACGCUUUGCCGAAGUUGUUCUGGGAUUUCCUCUUUUCUCUACGGACUGGUUUUAACAAAAGUUCUACUCAUGUCACUGUAAUAUUGUUUCAGAAAACAAGAAAAUGUUUUUUUUAGACAAUGUCUUAAAUUAUUGCUUUUUUUUUUUACAGGUUGGGCUUAAACAAAAUGUUGCAUUGUAUUAAUGGGAUGAAUAAUAUAUUUCUGAAAAAAAACGAGUGGAUAGAUCAUUUCACUGCCUUGAUUUCAACAUUUCAACAGCUAGUAGGGUGAUUUUUACAUUUCAACAGCUAGGGUGCAAACAUUUGACGCCAUAUCCUUUGUGUGUGUGUGUGUGUGUGUGUGUGUGUGUGUGUGUGUGUGUGUCUCUCUCUCCAUAAGGAAUUCACAUCUAUAAAAUAUAUCUUCCCCCUUUCUCAAAUUGUAUUUGCAGAUGACAGUGUAGGUAUAAUUUCAGUAUUUUUCUUGGAGUCUACAGCCUACAUUUCAUUCUGGCUUGGCCAGAAUACAGCUAGGGUGCAAGUGAUAUACACUACCUGACCAAAAGUAUGUGGACACAUACUUGUCGACCACAUCUCAUUAGAAAAUCAUGGGCAUUAAUAUGGAGUUGGUGCCCCCUUUGCUGCUAUAACAACCUCCACUCUCCUGGCUCGCAGUCGGCGUUCCAAUUCAUCCCAAAGGUGUUCGAUGGGGUUGAGUUCAGGGCGUUUCAACUGCUCCAGUAUCCAAUGGCAGCGAGCUUUAAACCACUCCAGCCUGCGCUUGGCAUUGUGCAUGGUGAUCUUAGGUUUGUGUGUGGCUGCUCGGCUAUUGAAAUCCAUUUCCUGAAUCUCCUGAUGAACAAUUAUUGUGCUGACUUUGCUUCCAGAAGCAGUUUGGAACUCGGCAGUGACUGUUGCAACCGUGGACAGACAAUUUUUACGCUCUACGUGCUGCAGCACUCGGCAGUCCCAUUCUGUGAGCUUGUGUGGCCUACCACUUUGGGCUGAGCUGUUGUUGCUCUUAGACAUUUCCACUUCACAAUAACAGCACUUACAGUUGACUGGGGCAGCUCUAGCAGGGCAGACAUUUGACGAACUGACUUGCUGGAAAGGUGGCAUCCUAUGACGGUGCCACGUUGAAAGCUCUUCAGUAAGGCCAUUCUACUGCCAACGUUUGUCUAUGGAGAUUGCAUGGCUGUGUGCUCAAUUGUAUACACCUGUCAGCAACGGGUGUGGCUUAAAUAUCCAAAUCCACUAAUUUGAUGGGGUGUCCACAUACUUUUGUGUAUAUAGUGUUUAAAUCAAGUCAUCCAUCCCCAUUGGACGAUGCAUAUGCAUGUUGAUUUGGGUUAUGAAUCACAUGAAUAUAUCAACAUACUGUAUCUCAUUCAACCCUGAUGGAAAUGCGCAUCAGGUUUUUUGCAUAGCUGAAGUUUAGUAUAUUUUUAAACAUAUCCAAUGUUUAGUUUAUAUUUUUAAACAUAUCCAAGAUAAUAGUCUGACUGAUGUUCUGAAGGCACUGUGCAGUGUAAUUGAUUACGCUAAUAUGUAUUCUUAUACUGUACAGAGACUGAUGCACGCUGGUCAGAUCCACACAUUACACCAUUUAAUGAAUACGUUGAACUUUUCAUCUCAUCUGCAUUGUCCCAUCCAUGACAAGACUUUUUAGAUUUUUUUGACUUUUUAGAUGAUUUAAAACAAAUCCAUUUUCUUUUUCCUUUCCUCUCAAAUUUGAACAGUAAUAUUGCAUCAAAUUGAGGUAGAUUUUGUGUGCAUAAAUUACAUAAUGCUUCUGGAAUGCUGAAAUCUAAAUGACUCCCAUUCUAUUCUAAUCUGCAGCAAGGACAGAGCAGACAUUUUGGAGGGUGCAUUUCAAUGAUGUGUCUCCUACCAUAAGUGAUGCCACUGAAUGUGUUUACCGGCCUCCACUGAUUAGUGUCCAAAAGUAUUAGUGGAAGAGGCUUUCCAAGCGCUGAUAUCCAAUUCAUCUGCUGCUCAAUAACCCUCCCCACCACCACCAUUACUAUGUAAUGAGAGAGAAGAUUGGAUCCCCUCAGGCCCCAUUUAUUUUGGACUGUUAUUACUUUCCAUUGUGUUUCAUCAUAAGUUUUACUGUAUCAUCCACCUUGUCGGUGGCGCCAAGGUUGUGGGUUUGGAAGGGAUUUGUUGCUGGAAAUUAUGCCCAAUGAAACUUCUUUGGGAACUUUCAUGUGUUUGAAGGUGGUUUUAAUGGCCGAAUUCCUUUUAGAUUGCUGAGCAGGUUUUAAGACUAUUUGUCUAGCAAUAAAUUAGGACAUUUAACAAACAUGUAAUAAAUACCAUACAAUACAGUGUAGAUGAAAAGCCAAAAUUUUAAUAAAAUGUCAAUGUUUUUGAAUUGCUUAAGAUUUGUUUAUGGGAAGUGUUUGGAAGUUCUUAUAUCUACUGUACAUGACACACUUAAGAUGGUAAAUGGUGGGAAUAUUUCUUGCAAUCCAUAUACACUCAAUAAAAAUAUAAACGCAA